UGAAGCGGGCGCGGAGCGGGACGCAGCAGCAGCGGCGGCACAUGGCCGUGGCCGGGGCGAGGAGCGCGGGGCUCGCCGCAGGUUUCCCGCCGCUGCUCGCCAUGUCCGUCGCGCCGGGCAACUGUUCGGACAACAGCACGGGCGGCAGCCCCGAGGGCGGGAAGCCGCCCACCAUCCCCACCGUCAUGUUCAUCUUCGGCGUGGUGGGCAACCUCAUCGCCAUCGUGGUGCUGCGCAAGUCCCGCAGGGAACAGAAGGAGACCACCUUCUACACGCUGGUGUGCGGGCUGGCCAUCACCGACCUGCUGGGCACCUGCCUCGUCAGCCCUGUCACCAUCGCCACCUACCUGCAGAACCGGUGGCCCGGGGGGGCGGCCCUGUGCGAGUACAGCUCCUUCAUCCUCCUCUUCUUCAGCCUGUCGGGCCUCAGCAUCAUCUGCGCCAUGUCCAUCGAGAGGUACCUGGCCAUCAACCAUGCCUAUUUCUACAACCACUAUGUGGAUAAGAAGCUGGCAGGGCUCACGCUCUUCGCCAUCUACGUUUCCAACGUGCUGUUCUGCGCCCUGCCCAGCAUGGGGCUGGGCAAAUCCACCCUGCAGUACCCCUGCACUUGGUGUUUCAUAGACUGGCGGACCAAGGUGGCCACCCAUGCUGCCUUCUCCUACAUGUACGCUGGCUUUAGCUCUUUUCUCAUCAUGGUCACUGUGGUCUGCAACAUCCUGGUGUGCGUGGCCCUGAUUCGUAUGCACCGCCAGUUCAUGCGCCGCACCUCCCUGGGGACGGACAACACAGCCAGCCGCUUGUCCGACUUUCGCAGGCACAGGAGUUUUCGUCGCAUGGCUGGAGCAGAGAUCCAGAUGGUCAUUUUGCUCAUUGCAACCUCUCUGGUAGUGCUCAUCUGCUCCAUUCCUUUGGUGGUACGCGUCUUUGUGAACCAGCUGUACCAGCCUCCGCUGGUGAAUGAUGUCAGGCAAAAUCCUGACCUGAAGGCCAUCCGUAUUGCUGCAGUGAACCCCAUCCUGGAUCCUUGGGUCUACAUCCUCCUGCGCAAGACGGUGCUCAGCAAAGCCAUAGAGAAGAUCAAAUGCCUCUUUUGUCGUAUUGGAGGGGCUCGGAGGCAGCACUCCGGGAGCAAUUUCAACUGCGUCGAUGGCCGCAGAGCUUCCUCUGCCAUGUCCACCCACUCACCGUCCUUCAUCUCCCGAGAGCUGAGAGAGAUCAGUAGCACCUCACAGACGCUACUGUAUCCUCCAGAGCUCAAUGAAAGCAGCGUUGCAGGACGUGUGCUACUGCCAGGAGCAAACACUAGUCUGGCUCAGUGUGACACUACAUCAGUGAGGACAUUGCGUAGCUCAGAGACCUCAGAUUCUUCUCAGGGGCAGGACUCCGAGAGCGUCUUUUUAGUCAAGUCUGGUGCAGGGCCCAGUGCUGCAUCCAAGGGCAGCUCUCUCCAGGUCACGUUCCCUACUGAAACGUUGAACUUAUCAGAGAAGUGUAUAUAGUAAUGAAUGGAAAUGGAGAAAGAUCCUUCCAGGUACUUUGGAAAAAACUGGUGCAAUUCAUAGCCAUGCUACCUACUGAAGGCGUGAGGGGUUCAGCUAUUCUCUGAAGGGCUAUUUUUCUCUUGCCAUGUGAUGGGUACAAUUCUUCCAGACUACUGAGGAUUACACAUAGGAACAGUUGUUGCAAUCCGACUGUGGUAUUAUAAAACAUAAUGGGUUUGGAAAUAUAAAUUGCCUUGUCUUGCCUUGCUCUGACACAGGAUUGCUGCUGGGACUCUAGAGCUAGAAAGAACCAUUGCUGUUUUAAUCCAAAUCUGGUGGAAAUGUAUUUUCUCCUCCACUCAACUCUUUAUGGGUUUACAGUUCUGGUACUAGAACUAAAGGUGGGGCAAUUACUGGGAACUGGGAAGAGAGACUAUGACAACUGCCUUGCUGAGGAUUUUAAAGUGUCUCACUAAAGUGUGAAAAUGUGAAUUUUUAUUGCUGUAUAUAUCAUGAUUGAGAAUAUUUAAAAGUCUAUUCUUCUCUGUGAGAAGGUUUAUUAUUAAUACAAGGUAUAUAUAAGUUGCUAGACUUCUUUUCCUCCUAAUAUUUCCUGCUAAUGAAAAGGCUUUGCAUUAGGUUUGUUUUACGUACAAAUUAACAGGCUGUUAGAGAACAACUUCUCCAGAUGGGAAUAAAUAAAAACUGAGUUAAAAAUGGGAACAUUUGUGUUAUUAGGGAAGAAAAGAGAGCACACUUUUUAGUUUAAAAUAUUUUUUUCCUAUGUAUGUACAUACUAAAAAGCCAGAUUUUAUUUAUGUGCUGUGAAAGUUUAUCUGUAGAAUACAGUUGUUCCAAUCUAAGUGCUAAGGCCCAAUUCCUGUGCACUUUUACACACGUACUUAAUAUUACUCACUUGAGUAGUCCAGUAAAAGUCAAUGGGACUUCUCAUAGGAGGAAAAAAUAAGCACUUGCAUUUGUGUUUUUUGGGAUCAGGGCCUAUGACUUUCAAAUCCUGGUUAAUUUUCUUAAUAAUCAUUUUAGUUAAAACAUCACGGAUAUACUACAGGUAUUGUCACGUAACAUUUUAUCAUUUUACUUCAAAUGAGU